AUGAAAACUAAAAUAUUAAUAUUUAUAAUUUUCCAUAAUUAUAUUGGAAAAUUUUUUUGUUAUACAAAAAUAGGUGAGCCCUGCAAUAUAGACACAUUUGUAGGAACAUGCAAGCCGAUUAUGAAAUGUCCAAUUGCUAUAAAGAUAGUAAGCCAGGAUAUAGAACAUCCACCGACAUGCUUUUGGCAAGAGAAGACUCCUAUAGUCUGCUGUCCACCAACCAACGUAGAUGUCAUAACCGGUCCAAGCCAAAUCAGGGGACUCUUUAGAAGUGGCCGUGUAAAGAAGGCAAACGAUAUGAUCUGUCGGUAUGAGGACCGAGAGCCGUUUUUAUGCUGUGGAAUUUCAAAAUAUCAAGUUACACCAGAACCAAGAGGAUGUCCGCCUCUACCGAGCCCUAAACUGAACACUCCUGUGGAACAUCCCGCCUGGACAAAAUGUGUUGAAUAUCAGCGAUAUUUUAACAUAUGUGCAGCAAUAUCGGAUGACAAUCAACAUUUCAAGAGAAGAAGUACUUGUCUAAAAAUAAACGCACGAAAAAUAGUACAUGGUGAACGCGCUAGGCGUGAGCAGUUUCCUCAUAUGGCUGUUAUAGGUUGUGCAGCCGACGCACGAAGCACAGAUGAUAUUGAUAUCUCAUGGAUAGGAGGAGGGUCUCUGAUAAGCGACAAGUUUAUAUUGACAGCUGCUCACGUUAUCUUACAAACUAAGGCAGGUGUUCCACGAUAUGCCUUACUAGGGGUUUUGGAUAAAACAAAAGUACAAGACGGAAUGUUGUACAACAUAAUAAACAGAAUACCACACAAAAAUUACUCUUUUCUGGACGACAGCAAGAAACAUGACAUUGCAUUAGUGGAGCUGCAUGAAAGAGUGAUUUUCAACAAAUAUAUUCGUCCAGCCUGUUUGCCGGUGCCGGAAGCGGCGGUUAAUGACAAAUAUAUCGUCGCUGGUUGGGGGCAGACAGAAACUGGAAAAGAUUCCUCGAUUCUGCUACACACACAAGUUGCAGAAAACGAAAUAAAAUGUAAGAAUUUCGAUAUAUUCGAUCCAGAAUAUAUGAUUUGUGCGGAAGGGAAAUUUCAAAAAUCAGCAGAUUCUUGUCAGGGUGAUAGCGGAGGUCCCUUAAUGGCGAUGGUUUCUGACUUGAAAUGUACAUAUUCAGUCGAAGGAGUAGUUUCUUACGGACCAUCCUGUAAAGGGACAGGGGUCUACACCAGAGUCAAUAAAUAUAUGGAUUUUAUAAUGAAAACCGUAUGGCCAGAGGAAUGGGAGGCUUACAAACGCGAAAUAAACCGCAGUAAUGAAGUUGUUAGUGGGAAGGAA